UUUUAAAAUAAUUUGUUUUUAUUUUUAUGUGAUAAUCUACCAUUAAGUAAAGCUGUGUCAUUCCUGAGGAUGCCAGGAAGUCACAUGAGAAAUCACCUGAUAGCCCCAUAAUAUGAACUAUGGUGUUCCAGCUGUGCAUUGAUUGAUAGGCAGCAUUUACUAAUUAAAUGAUGUGCUGCUUUAUAUCUCCUCUUUGAUGACUGCUUCUCCUCUAUGUAUCCUAUCUUCUUAACCUAUGUAAUACAUUUGUGGUACUCACUGUUCAUCCUAAAUUAACCAUGUCUUGCACCACAAACACACUACCGAUGGAUCUGUUGUUGAAACAGGAAAAUCUUAAACAAGAAAUCGAAUCUUUCUAUUAUCAAAGAGUGCCUGAAUCAAAUGAUCAAAAGAUUGGAGUAUUACAAAAUGUAGAUAAACAGCUGCAGCCUUCAGUUUCUAAAAACUCAGAAGGUGAACUCUCUCGAGUUCAAUUUAUGUCCAAUUCCAAUAAAAUAACAUUUAGUAAGAAAACAAAAAGAAGAAAAUAUGAUGAAAGUUACUUGUCUUUCGGAUUUACUUACUUCGGAAAUAGAGAUGUACCUCAUGCUCAGUGUGUGUUAUGUAAGAAAAUUUUAUCCAACAGUUCUUUGGCCCCUAGUAAGCUUCGAAGACAUUUAGAAACUAAACACGCUGCAUAUAAAGACAAAGACGUAAGUUUUUUCAAGCAACAUCUUAAUUCACCUGAAAGUAAUACACUUCAAACACCUAAAAUUGUCAAUACAGAUAAUGAAAGUGCUACAGAGGCAUCAUACAACGUCAGUUAUCAGAUAGCCUUAAGUGGAGAGGCUCAUACCAUUGGAGAAUUGCUUAUCAAACCUUGUGCAAAAGAUGUCGUGAUGCGGAUGUUUGAUGAACGAUAUAGUAAAAAAAUAGAUGCAGUGCAACUAUCAAAUAGUACUGUUGCGCGCCGAAUAAAGGAUCUAGCUGCUGACAUUGAAGAAGAGCUUGUUAGUAGACUGAAAAUUUGUGAUGGGUAUUCACUGCAACUAGAUGAAUCAGCUGAUGUUUCAGGACUUGCUGUGCUGCUUGUGUUUGUUCGUUAUAGAUUUAAUAAGUCAAUUGAGGAAGACCUGCUUUUAUGUGAAUCUUUGCAGAGUAAUGCCACUGGGGAAGAACUUUUUAACUACAUCAACAGUUUUAUGCAGAAACAUGAAAUUGAAUGGGAAAAAUGUGUUGAUAUUUGUAGUGAUGCUUCGAGGGCAAUGGAUGGGAAAAUCGCUGAGGCUGUCACCCUGAUAAAAUGUGUGGCUCCCAAAAGCACCAGUAGCCAUUGCCUGUUAUAUCGACAUGCUCUAGCAGUAAAAGUAAUGCCUGCAUCUCUGAAAAACGUACUAGAUCAGUCAGUACAAAUCAUCAAUUAUAUUAAAGCUCGACCCCAUCAGUCCAGAUUACUGAAAAUGUUAUGUGAAGAAAUGGGUGCUCAGCAUACAGCGCUCCUUCUAAAUACAGAGGUGAGGUGGCUUUCUCGAGGUAAAGUUCUCGUAAGACUUUUUGAACUUAGGCGUGAGCUAUUGGUUUUCAUGGAUUCUGCAUUCCGACUAUCUUACUGUUUAACAAAUCCAUCUUGGCUGCUAAGACUUGCAUAUCUUGCAGAUAUUUUUACUAAAUUAAAUGAUGUUAAUCUGUCCAUGCAAGGGAAAAAUGUGACCAUUUUUACAGUAUUUGAUAAAAUGUCAUCAUUGUUAAGGAAAUUGGAAUUUUGGGCAUCAUCUAUAGAAAAAGAAAACUUCGAUUGUUUUCCUACACUCAGUGAUUUUUUAACUGAAAUUAACUCUACCAUUGAUAAAGAUAUCUGUAGCGCCAUUGUGCAACAUCUAAGGGGUCUGCACUCUACCCUGUUAAAAUAUUUUCCUGUAACAAAUGAGAGUAAUACUUGGGUUAGAAAUCCUUUUACAGUAACUAAUAAACCAGCCUCAUUGGUAGUGCGUGACUAUGAGAGCCUUAUUGAUUUAACAUCUGAUUCUCAAAUAAAACAAAAUUUCAGUGAACUUUCACUAAAUGAUUUUUGGAGUAGCCUCAUUCAAGAGUAUCCCAGCAUUGCCAGGCAAGCAGUUCGUGUCCUACUUCCUUUUGCUACAAUGCAUCUGUGUGAAACCGGAUUUUCAUAUUAUGCUGCAACAAAAACAAAAUACAGGAAAAGACUUGAUGCUGCACCUCAUAUGAGGAUCCGACUUAGCAAUAUUAUACCUAAUAUUAAGAGAAUAUGUGAUAAGAAGACACAAAAACACUGUUCUCAUUAAAAUUGAAGAGUUUUGCAUGCAUCUUGUUAAUCAAAUACAAGGAAAAUAAAAAACGAUUUACUUCAGCUCUGGAAUUUGGGGGAUUUUAAUAAAAUGCUUCCCUUUUUGA